GGUCGCUUAUCCUGUGCUGAACGCAUCCUGAACGCGUCCUGUUUUUCGCGUUUCGCCUUUUCGGAAUUUGCAUUUGAAUUCCACAGACUAACAGACGAAAAAAUAAUACAAAUAUAUCUUUUUACGAAACAAGUGAACUUUAACCUGAAAUAUAAGUGUGUGUCUUGAUAAAUAUCCUUAUACAUCCGCGGAGACUGGUCUUCUCCUGCCCAAGGAAUUGGAUACUCAUAUAGGCAGCGCCUAAAUAUGGUUUACUUUAGUCCGCGUGGCAUGCAACCGUGUAGUCCAGCGGGAGAAGUCGCAAUGAUGCCGCCCUCGAAGAGCCCUGUCAUGGAGAGUGCCGCCUCUGACCAGAAUCCCGGCCAGGCCCCGGCGGAGCAGAGUGCUAAGCGGGCAUGUCCCUUGAAGUUUUCGAUCGCCAAGAUCAUGGAGCCGGACCACAAGCCCAGUCAGGUGGCAGUAGCGCCGCCUCCCCCACCGCAGCUGCCCCCAUCCUCUAUGUUGCAGGACGACAACGAGGAAGAAGAAGAUCCCGAAAUCGAUGCCGAUUCGGAGCGAUCCUGCAGCCCCAUUGAGGUGACCAGCCUGGAGCAGUCGCCGGUGAACUACGAUUCCGCUUUCAAGAAGUAUGUGCCGGCUACAUGUGGAGGCGCCACCAACUCGGCCACAGCUGUGCAGCAAUUCGUGAACACCCGCCACCAGGAGCUGCUCUCCCAGUACCCCCUUCUGUACUAUGCCCCAAACCAGCUGAUGUGCGCGCCGCCGCCGCCGCAGUACGCCGCCCUGACCGCCCAGCAGCAGUCACUGACCCACCUAAGCAGCUUCACAGCCUCCCUGAAUGCCAGUCUCCACCACUCACAGUCCCUGCGCCGCAACCUGGGGCAUCCUUUGGCCGCAGCAGCCGCCGCAGCGGCAGUGGCUCAGUCCCAGGCAGUGGUGCCGAAUCUGCAGCAAAGUCUGGAGAAGUCGCCGGUGGCACAGAGGGCAUCCAGCGGGGCCAGUCAGCAGGCUAACCUGAAACGCAAACGAUCACCGCAGGUCCAGGGCGAGGUCACCCCACCUCCGGCGGGAUCUGCCCCUGCAGCUAGCGGCUCCAAUCGCUCCCGAUCUCGCUCGCCGCGAUCCCCCUCUCCGCACGGAUCCAUAGAAGACAGCAGCCCCGGCUCGGCCAAUGGCGGCAAGCCAAAGACCUUCUCAUGCCUGGAGUGUGGAAAGGUCUUCAACGCCCACUACAAUCUGACGCGCCAUAUGCCCGUGCACACCGGAGCCCGGCCCUUCGUAUGCAAAGUGUGCGGCAAGGGAUUCCGGCAGGCGUCGACUCUGUGCCGUCACAAGAUCAUUCAUACGUCCGAGAAGCCUCACAAGUGCCAGACCUGCGGCAAGGCCUUCAAUCGCUCCUCCACUCUGAACACCCACGCCCGCAUCCAUGCCGGGUACAAGCCGUUCGUGUGCGAGUACUGCGGCAAGGGCUUCCACCAGAAGGGCAACUACAAGAACCACAAGUUGACCCACAGCGGCGAGAAGGCCUACAAGUGCAGCAUCUGCAACAAGGCCUUCCACCAGAUCUACAACCUCACCUUCCACAUGCACACCCACAACGACAAAAAGCCCUACACCUGCCGCGUGUGUGCCAAGGGAUUCUGCCGCAACUUCGACCUGAAGAAGCACAUGCGGAAGCUGCACGAGAUCGGUGGGGAUUUGGACCUGGAUCUGGACCUGCCGCCGUCCUACGAGCGGCGGAGGGAGUACACCCGCCGGGAACCGCUCUCCGGCUCCGGGGGCUAUCCCCACGGACAGGCCUCUGGCCAAUUGACGCCGGACUCGAGUUCCGGGAGCAUGUCGCCGCCAAUAAAUGUGACCACUCCGCCGCUUUCCAGCGGGGAAACCAGCAAUCCCGCCUGGCCGCGCUCUGUAGGAGGAGUGUAUCCCACGGCAGGGGGGUCCUACCAACUGGGAGUGCCUCCGCCACCACCGCCACCGGAGUAUGCCAGCGGCUCUGCCUUCUUGCAUCAUCACCCGGCGCAUCAGCAGCAGCCGCAGCUGGGGCAACAGCAGCCCCCUCACAUGCCGCAACAGCAGCGGCUCUCCGAGACGUUCAUAGCCAAGGUGUUUUGACAGCGCUACUAUGCCGAUAGCCUGAACAGCUCCACGACGGCCACGUCGAAUUCCAUGGCCGCCAGUACCAGUAACAGUACCAGCACUAGCAAUUGCACCUCCAGGAACGAUCUGUUGAUCGACUGACUGCAGUUUGUGGCAGCGGCAGCCGCUGCAAGUAGUUCGCAGGACCCGAACCCCAGUCGCAAGGAGUCCCCAUCCCCGGAGCUGGAGUGUACAGCCCUGGGAAGUGCGGUGAGAGCCUUGAACGGACUUUUCUAGACGACGGAGGAAGCAAAGGAAUUAAAUCCCCCAAAGUAAAACCUCAACAGCCACUAAAUGGUUUCAAAUUGUGCAAUAUCCCCCACUAUACCACCAGCUCAAAAAAAAUUACUGCAAAACCACAAUUAUGUAUAUAGGAACGUAGUCUUAAGCCCGGCCAAUGUGUUAUCCUUAGACGUAGAAUCUUCGAGUUCUCGAUGUGAAUAGGCUAUAGAUAAAGGGAUUAACUAGUUAGUUCU